AUGGAGCGGUACAAGGCUUUCCUAAGCGAAAUAAAAAGGGAAAACGAGAAAAUCGGGAAGAAAAUCCUCUUCGUAAAUAACAAAACCAAGUAUAAAGUACUGGAUGGAAAAAUACUUGAAUACAAUAAAUUUUUUGUGAACAGCUAUGAGGUAGAAAAAAGAAACAACGUGUGUAAAUACUACAAGCAUAAAAUAGACGAGAGCAGGAAAAAAAAAAAAGGAAAAAUAAACAGCCAUGGUUUUCCCUUUUUUGAGGUUUACAAAAAUACAAACCCAGCAUUUAAAAAUAAUUUACCACAAUAUAAUCUUCUUCAAAUGAUAAAAAAUUACAAUGAGUUGGAAUUGUUUAAUUUUUGUUCGAGGAGAGGUGUAGAGGUCAAUUUAUUCUCUCCCCUCUUUUCUCAGUUCAUCGAAAUAGUAAUAAAGAAAAAAGACCUGUACAACAUCAACGACCUGUUACUACUGACAGAGCACAUAAAGACAUUAAAUUAUUAUCACCCCUACUUUUGCAAAUUAGUAUGUAGAGAGGUGUGUCUCGAUAUGCACAAAAUUAAGACUGUCCAUCAGAUAACACGUUUUCUUGACUUUCUCAUGUACUUUAAUAUUUUUAAUUAUUAUUAUGUGAAUAAGUUUUACAAAUAUUUAACUCAUUUAAUUACACACCAUAAUAAAUGGACCGUUGUGGUCACUCGAUUAGACUCCUCUUCUGUAGAAGAACCAGUAAUAAAUGAAUCCCACGCGAAUGACACACAUGUGAAUCUGAUCCAAAUACACUCAGACGAUAUUAUCUCCUUAUCUUUGUCCUUUAGAAAAUAUAAAAUGAUCGAUGCAGACUUGCUGCUCCUGUUACUUUACGUGUGUGGUCAUCAGGCAUAUGGCCACUUGAGGAAUGCCCACACAUUAUACCAUCUUACACGAGUUAUCAAAUUUUACACAUUUGUGGACAGGCCCUACUCCUCCAAAUUGUUUCACUACCUUUUUGAGCAAGUCCUGAAGGACACACCAAGGGGGGAUGCCAACUUCGUCCCUCUCCUAAAAUCCUUUUACGCCAUUAGCAAAGAGCUUAGCACAAAAUUGGAUGUGGAUAUGCACAACGCCACGCUGAACAUUUAUGACCACAAGGGGCAAACGGAAGGAGGCCGCUCCGGGGGGGACACCUCUCCCCCGACUUAUGUUCUAUCGGAGUGUAGCGGCGGAAAAAAAAAAAAAAAAAAAAAAACACACACACACGAAAAUGGGAUUAGAAAUGGGAUUGGAAGUGGAAGCGGAAAUGGAAGCGGAAACGACGAACUGGCCAAAGACGACACAAGUGCAAAUGUGCACAGGACAGUUGAACCCGAGAGGGAGAAGAACCCCUUGGCCCCCUUCAACUGCGACGCCAACUCAAAUCUAAAGAAGCUAAAGUUGGACGAUGACAUGUUACUUGUACCCCACGACUACGACUCGCGUCCUUCCGACAAAACCUUCACCGAUCUAGUGGAGACCAUCAAGCACGUCGUGCUGCUCAUCGAGUUGAAACUUCUCUCUGCCUUCCCCUUUGUGUGUGAAAAGAGCCCAGCCCAAAUCGAGUUCAUGAAACGGGUGAACUUCCAAGCGGACCGCGACAAAAACGUCCACAAGUACAAUGCGCAAAAUGUCAGCCGGGAGCAGCGCGCGCUCGUGGACCGGCUAAUGCGAAGGAGUCAUCAGGGGACGCAGCAGAGGGAGGAGCAGCAGCGGGAACGCCCCUUUGACGACUCCAAUCUGAGCUUCCUGUUUUACGAAAACUAUUGCGACGCGCCAGGAACCGUCACGAUGGGUGAUAUAAACGAGUUCAUUAAAUCUAAGCCAGACGUCAAAUUCAACCUCACAGAUGGCACCUAUUUCGCUCACAUAUUUUCUCACCUCUGCCAGGUCCAGCUGCGUGAAGCGGAAGAGCGCAUUCUGAAGGAGAGCUUCCAAGCCCUGCCGCUCUGGGCAAACAGCCUAGUGCGCCUCGACGUGAACAACGUGGCUGACUUGUUCUACGCCCUCACCAUUUUUCAAGUUAUUCAGGGAUGCCACAACGGAAGAAUCACCAAAAACAAAUACGGCUACUCCAAAAAGGAGAGCCACACCGAAAAUGACGCCCUCUACAAAAUCCUGUCUCAAAUUUUAAUAAAAAAAAUUAUUAACAUAAAAUGUGAACGUCUUUACAAGGUCAUUUUGUCCUGCGCAAAUACGGCCUACUCGGACGUGUACUUGAAUCACUUUUUAAAAAAAUUCAAUCGGCAUGUUAAGUUUGGAAAAAUGCGCAAGUACGUUAACUGUUAA